CGCGCAGUGCCGCAUAAUCUAGUAGUAGUCCGUCGUCAGUGGUGUCGACAAGUCAGACGGUUAGUAAGUCAGUCAGUCAGUUUUUUCGACAGACAAACAGACCGACAAAUAGACAGACAGUAGUCAGUGGUCAGUGGUCAGUGAUCAGUUAGUGAAUCAAUUUAAGUCAGUCAGACAGAAUCGUUGAGAGUAUUAGAAAAGUGAACGAACGAGAAACGAACUAACAAACGAAUAGUAGUAAUAGUAUCUAAAUAAUCGGAGUGUCGAGUCGAGUCGAAUGUAACCGAGUCUAGUCGAACCUAACCGAACAACCUAGCAAGCAAGCAAGCAAGCAAGCAAGCAAGCAAAAAUACAAGCAAGUGAGCAAGCGAAUAAACGAACGAUUACGAGAGAAAAAGAAAGAGAAAGAAAAAGAGCGAACGAACUCGUUCAGUGUAUUUAAUGUACCGCAUAUUAUCCCACGACGAUAACGUGUGUGCGUGCAUGAAUUCGCGUGAAUUACCCGCGUGAGAGUAAGUGAGCAAGUUAUAGAACAAAUAAAUGAGUGAGUGAGUGAGUGAGUGAAUGUGUGUCUGCAUGUUUUGCAUGUGUAUGCAUGUAAUAAGUAAAUGCACAUAUAUAUAUAUAAAAAACAAACAAAGUUAGUGUUUCUAAUCGUGUGUCCGAUGAAAAGUGAGUGAUAGAGUGGAAGAGAGGGAGAAAGAGAUAAAUAAAUAAAUAAAUAAAUAAAAAAAGGGGCAGGGAGUAACGGUUGGGAGGGAAAUUGGGGGUUAGGGUAAAUAGCGAGGGGUAGGAGUUAGGGAUAAAAAGGGAAAAAACGCGCAGGGGAAACGCGCACGUCGCUCUCACGUUUACUACUACUACACUACUUUGGAUUGUAAGAGUUGAAUAAGUGCUUGUGUAUGUGUAUGUGUGUCUAUUUCUUUCUCUUUCUCUUUCUCUCUCUCUAUUCGGUAGUGUGCGUUGGUCGUCUAUUAGGAAGUUUUUAAGUGUAUGUGUAGUUGAAUUGGAAAAGUCCAGUGGCGGCCACAAAGAGAGAGAGAGGAGCCAUCAUGGCGAAUCCACGGAAAUUCAGUGAAAAGAUUGCCUUGCUCAACCAGAAGGAGGCGCAGGAGACGGCAGCUUUUGAAGCGAUCAUGCGAGAAGUAUCGGACGUUACGAGCAGAGUCGCGUCAGCAAGCAGCUCGGUGGGUGCGAGUCCCACGGGAUCUGGUGUCCCGGAUGCCCCGCUCUCCGUCAAGAGUGCCGGUGCGAGUCCUCCGCAAUCCAGUGGCAAACAUCUUCACAUUAACCUGGGCAAUCAAUUCCGAGCAGGAGGUUCCUUGCCUAACGUUAACAACAAUGCGAACUGUGCCAACGACACGAAGGAGCAUCAUCCUUCGCAACACACUGGUGCCGUUCAUUCGAUCGAUCUUAAGACGGCGUUAAGCAAUUUGGAAGAAAUGCAACAACAUUCAAUGGUAUAUCGAAGUAACGAAAGGGGUAGGCAUAUGGGGGUUGGUCCGGUACGUUCGCGUCCCAUGGAAAAAAGACACGACACAUCCCCAUACAGUGGAGUUUCUUAUCUUUCACCAUCGUUACCUGACACGUGGCGAAGGACUAAUUCGGAUUCAGCAUUGCAUCAAAGCGCUAAUGAAGCUUGCCAAUCAGCGACCACUAUGCCUCAUCGAAGAGAUCAGCACAAUAUGAACAGCGGUAGUAAUGAUAACAGAGAAACGUAUCAUGGUUCAAUCGAAAGACCAAGAUCGUCAUGCGAGAUGCCACGAGUACCUGGAAUCAACAUAUGUUUGAGUUCACAACCACCUGGACAACAAAUUCCUAUAGGAAAUAAUACGGGGUCGUUGCCAGACUUGAGCAACGUCCAUUUUCCAUCACCCCUUCACACCCCUCUAGACCAAGAGGAUCACACCAGUAGUACACCCUUCAGCAACAGUCCUCAAACGAGCAGUCCUACAAACCUGUCGCCGACCAGCUUGGCACAAGCUGGUAGGCUAUCCCUUUCACAGGAUCACAAUCCGUCAAGUGCCCAAGGUGUGGCGCUGGAAAACAGCACAAGUACUUCGCAACAGGAUCUUCAGAAUUAUUCUCAACAACCGGCACCUCAACCACCACCUUCGAUAUCUCACAAUCCAGCUGGUCAUUAUAUUUAUCAACAACAACCACAUAGUCCUGUGCCACCACAAAGCCCGAAAACGUCACAAUCUCAGCAAUCGCAACAUCAGCAGCAUCAACAGCAUCAACAACAACAUCAGCAACAUCAACAACAACAUCAGCAACAUCAACAACAACAUCAGCAACAUCAACAAUCGCAAUUAAAUUCUUUGGGUUCCUACAGAACUUCGCAACCUGUUAACAGGCCAUCACCACAAUCUUCACCUAGUUUAACCGUACAAGGGAGUCCAUUAAGUUAUAGCAAUAAUCCAUCAGCUCCGCCAAGUCCAACAGGACAUCCUGGUCCACCGACCCUAACCUCGGAUGGAAUAGAUCAAAACAGUUACGUCAUUAACCAAGCACAAGCUGCUGAACUUCAACAAGACUUUGAACAAUUCACGAUGGAUUGGCCGAAAUUCGCACAGCAGCUGAUGGAACUUGGUUGCACCUGGACAACGCAGAUAGAGAUGGACACCCCUGUCUCUGCUAACACGAUUGGAAGUUACAUUAGUUCGCCUAAUCACACGACGAGUUAUUCACAGAACGACAUGAUAAAUGUCGGCGGUGAUUUAGGCAGCGGAGAUGGCGGAUAUUAUAGCCCGAAUCCCCAAGUGGGGUAUCAACCAACGAACACGUCAACGACGACGGCACAACAAUUGACUCCACAAACGCCAAACACACCUACGAUCAUACUCACAGAUUUUUCUGGAGCGGACGAUCUGACCAAUCCAGAAUUUGUGAAAGAUCUAGGAACGGCAAUGAUGAGCGAUUUUGAAUCAGAACUUUUUCCAACGGACGAUGCCCUUAGACAGGGUUUGGGUCAAAUUGACGUUGAUGGUUUACAAAUGCUCACAGACCCAACCGUGGUGAUAUCUGAUCCCAGUGCAGAAGCGCACUUCAGGUUAGAUCGGCUCUAAAAAGCCCAAUCCAAGGCUCAGAGAAAUAAAAUAAAAAGGAAAAACAGAAAGAGAGAAAGAUAUAUAUAAAAAGAGAGAGAGAAGGAAAGAGAAUACGCUGGCUUGGCCGAUUAAUUAAAAGUAGGACAAAACUAAUUCUGUCUCUUGGUGUCGCGAUCAAAAAAA